AUGCGCAUGCAGUACGAGCGGCAGCUAAAAUUGAUCCGCAAUGGAAUUCAGAAAGAAAAACGCGACCUCAAGCAAACCCUUGUUCAACAGGUGGACUUCAUUAUUCGGAAAUAUAGAAACCUUGCAACGGAGGCUGUGGAAACAGCUCGCCAGGAGCGUCAAAAGGUGCAUAAUGAGCGUAUCAAGGCUCGAGAACUGGCCGAAAAUGCUUGCCGUAAUUUUGAAAAGGAUUUAAAAGAAAGAACGAGGAAAGCUCUAGAAGAAUACCGUCAACUGGCACAAGAAGCUCAUAAAGCAGCCCAAGCUGAACGAGGCAGAAAAGAGAAUUCAGUGCUACAGGCUGAGCCACCAGAGUAUGAAGGAGCAACUCGAACGGGAGCGGAAGCAAUUUGGGCAGAUGAUGAGUGA